GGCGCCCCGGGCACUCCGACAGAGGACCGGGGAAGGAGAGGGGGUCCGUCUUGCCUCAAGCGAAAGCGGAAAGGAAACGGCCCCUCGACGGCCAGAAAGAGGGGGCGGCGGGAAGGGCUUCGCAGAGCCGGCUCAAGGGAAACGGAAGGGCGCGGGAAGGCACGUCGGAAGGCUCUAGCCCUGAAAGACGUCGCUUCUCCACAGAAACCAAGCAGGGUGGCGGGAAAGAAGAGGGCUCGCCUCCGCUAAGCCCUGUCGGUGAAAGACUCCAUACAACAGCCUUUAUAUCCUCCCCUGUUGGCUCCGCCAUCCGUCCUCUUAUUGGCUCCUUCUCCACUGUUCAGCUGUGACGGACAGGUUUCUGAAACAUGGACAGUCUUGCUACAGCCAACACUACCUUUGCCUUGAACCUUUUCAAGAAGCUAAGUGAAAAGGAUCCCACAAAGAAUUUAUUUUUUUCUCCUUUGAGUAUUACUUCCGCCCUGUCGAUGGUCUUACUGGGUGCAGACGCGAACACUGCAGCCCAAAUCUCAAAGGUUCUGUGUGUGAGCAAAGGUGAAGAGGUUCACCAGGGAUAUGGGAAACUUAUUCCUGAAAUCAACCAAUCUGGAACGAAGUAUUUGCUGAGACUGGCCAACAGGCUUUUUGGAGAAGCAUCUUAUGAGUUUCUUCCACCAUUUAUAGAAUCAAGCCAGAAGUUCUACCAAGCCAGUCUAGAGAAACUUGAUUUCUCUCAAGCCCCGGAAGAUGCCAGAAAGCAUAUUAAUACCUGGGUAGAAGAACAAACAGCAGGUAAAAUCCAAAACCUGCUUGCCCCAGGAAUAAUUCACAAUCUUACAAGACUGGUCUUGGUGAAUGCUAUCUAUUUCAAGGGCAACUGGGCAGAUCAGUUCUUGAAAGAGUGCACGUCGGAAAGGCCAUUCAAAAUUUCGAAGAAUGAAAGCAAACCAGUGCAGAUGAUGCAUAAGAAAGCUAAAUACAACAUGACCUACAUAGAAGAGUAUGGGACCAAAAUUCUUGAGAUCCCUUACAUCGGUAACGAGCUGAGCAUGAUUAUUUUGCUUCCUGACAAAAUUGAGGAUAAUUCCACGGGUUUGGAAAAGCUGGAGAGAGAACUGACCUAUGAAAAGCUUGUGGACUGGAUCAACCCUGAGAUGAUGGAUCAAACUGAAGUUCAGUUGUCUCUACCCAAAUUUAAGCUGGAGGAAACAUAUGACCUGAAGCCUGUUCUGUGCAGCAUGGGCAUGACAGAACCCUUUGAGCUCAAGGCGAAUUUCUCUCGCAUGUCACCCAGCAAUGACUUAUACCUGUCCGAGGUUGUUCACAAAUCCUUUGUAGAGGUAAAUGAGGAGGGGACAGAGGCAGCUGCGGCCACAGCAGCUAUUAUGAUGCUGCGGUGUGCCAUGAUAGUACCGGAAUUCACUUGUGACCACCCGUUCCUCUUUUUAAUUCGGCACAACAAAACCAGGAGCAUUCUGUUCUAUGGGAGGUUCUGUUCUCCUUGAAGGCUAGUGUGCAAUGGUUAUGCAGUACAGUGUAUCACACUGUUGUGUGCUAACAAAAUGUCAAACUUAAAAUUUCAUAUUCGAUUUUUGUAAGUACAGUAGGAACCCCAUAUCUGCAGAAUCAGUACCCAUGAUUCACUUAUCCACUGCUUGAAAAUAUUAAAUAACUCCCACCCCACCAAAUAUGUGUUUCUAAUUUGUAUUACCAGAACUGGUCACUAGAGGGAACCAGAGACUGCACAAUAUGUAAGGUUUACUUUAGCUGCAAUUUCCAGCAUCCAGGGAGGUUGUGUGUGGCUUGGAAUUGAUCCCACACGGAUCCUGUGGUCCUACAGCAUUACCUGAUAUAAGCUAAUGAGCCUUCAUUGCUGCUUUUUUGUCUACAGUGGCCUUUAAAAUACAGUUUGUAUAUUUGUAUAUUUGCUCUGCCGUAUGCAAAUCCUUCUGUAUGCCAGGCCUUUUUGGCAACAAGAGUUCUGUGCUACAUCUUACUCUUAUUGCAUAAUUAUGCACGUUCAUGUUCAUCAUGUCUUAUUCAGUCCGGAAGAUAACUCCUCAUGGGCCACUAGCACUACUAGAAAAGUUCAAGAGGCCUUAGGGUUUUUUUGUAUGUCCAUUACUCAAGAUCAGAGCACUCUCUCUUCACCUGGGAUUUUUGCAAGAGCCGUUUUAUUCUUGGUCUUUCUCUUUUCAGGACAUUUGGCGGGUUGCAUUUUAAGAUGUAAGCAAACACACAAAUUUUCCCAAAACAGGCUGUGAUGAAUGCCCACGUCACUCCUGUCACUCAUAGCUGGAGCUCAUUUGCAUGAGCCUAUGGGAGGACUGGAGGGGCGGGAUCAUUCAGUCAGUUAGUCAGUGAGUAGAGAAGGAGAGUGCCAGAUCUGAAGGAGAGAGGUUGAAGAUCAAAGAGAGAUAGAGAAAUAGAGAGAACUGAUAAUGAUAAAGAUAAGCUGGGUAAAGUGAAUAAAGCACAUAGUGAUUGAGCAUGUAACAAAAUAUACAAGGUUUGAGCAUGUAACAAAAUAUACAAGGUUUCAAUGAUUUUGAUUCUGUACAAUGAUUAAAGAACAUCUGUGAUUCAGAUUCAA